UUGUAGCUACACACCAUGAAGGUGUUUCUUUUACUCGCACUACUUUUGUGCGCCCACGCUGAGGCCAAAUUAGUCAAGUAUCCAAAGAAUUACGUAAAAGGCGCGAUUGAAGGUCGUGUAGUAGGCGGAACUAAUGCCACCUUAGGUCAGGCACCCUAUCAGGUGUCUUUACAAACCUGGUAUGGCUCUCAUUUCUGUGGUGGCGCCAUAAUCAGCGAGAAUUGGAUCGCAACUGCUGGACAUUGUGUUGUCAAUACAGAUCCCGAGAACAUAAUGGUCGCUACAGGCACCGUGGAAUGGCAGAAGCCGAAUGCCACUUAUUAUGCCAGCUCCAUACAUGUACAUUGUCACUACAACAAUCCGAGCAGUCACAAUGAUAUCGCUUUGAUACGACUGAACUCUUCUAUUGUGUUCAACGAUAGAACUCAACCCAUAGCAUUGCCGACGGAGCAGAUGAAGGAAGGCGAUGAGGUCAUAUUGACGGGUUGGGGCUCAACUGAGUUGUACGGUGAUACACCCGACAAUCUGCAGAUUAUAUACUUAAAAUAUUUACCACAUAAAAGUUGCAAAGAAAUGCACGAUGACGAUCCAGAUUUGGAUGUGGGACACAUGUGUACAUAUACGAAGUAUGGCGAAGGUGCGUGUCAUGGCGAUUCGGGUGGACCUUUGGUGAACGAUGGAAAAUUGGUCGGUUUAGUUAACUGGGGUAUGCCUUGCGCUGUAGGCUAUCCAGAUGCUCAUGCGAGUACCUAUUUCUAUACGGAUUGGAUUCGUCGUGUAACGAGCGGUACUACAAAAUGUUUUAGUUGAAUGAGUUAUU